AUGUUGGAGAUCUCUGUUCUGAGGGAGGCAGCAGUGAGGACAAUCCUCAAAGCAGGGGCUACUACUUCCAAAUGUUUGAUUAUUUCCCCUUUGGAUGAGAACACUGUGAUAUUUGACAUUCACAUCCUCAGUAAAACCAAGGCAGUCCCAGUUCACCAAAUAAUAACUUUUCCACUUCCUUACAUCACCCAGGACCUGAAUUGCUUCCCUUCUCCAAUUGUAGAGGCCCAGUGCAGGUCCUCCAGCUGCAUAGAUUAUGAUGGAAGCCAAACAUUGGAGAAGACAUGGGUGAUUGUUGGCUGCACCUGUGUUACCCCCCUCGUCCACCACGUGGACUGUGAUCUACACAUCAUCUCAGCUGAAGAAGUUACAGAAAUGCCACUUUUGCUCAGCAACAAAUCCUUCCUGUGCCCAGUGCCCUCCACAUCAAAGAAGUUUUAG